AUGCCGCCGCCAGCCUUCACCAGCCCCAUCACCCAAAGGCUCGGAUUCUUCUUCCAUCAAUCACGUGAAGUGACAGAAAAUGCCAUGGCUGGGGACAGGUCUACCUCAGUCCUCUCAGUGAAAGCUUGCCUUUUUAAGCCUCAAAAAGACGUUGUGCAGCAGAUUUGCCCGAUGCAAUAUGCUGCGAGGUGCUGUUCGCUCCAAGGGGCCGCCUCCUGUGGGCCACCUGACUCUGAGAGCUGUCAGCGCCCUGCCGUGUUUCCACUGACCUUGGAGCUGCAUGACUCUGCACCGCUGGCCAGUAGUGGUCCUGCAUCCCGCUUCCCCUUUCUGCAUGUCGGCCUGCAGUUAUGUGAAUCUCAAGAGGAUUCUGCUAGCAUCAGACCCGCAGGCUUAAGGGACAGGGUCCCCUCGUGGGUCUACCCGCUGAUGAGAAUGGCGGUGGAAAAGCUGGAGCGCACCCUCCAGCAACCCUACCUGGACGAGAUCCGCGGCAUGUGCAAAGUCCUGAACCUCACCUUGGACGACUGCGUGCUCUGCAAUCUGGCUUAUGAGUCCUCAGCGUUCUGCACCAGCAUUGUGGCCCAAGAUUCUAGAGGCCACAUUUUCCAUGGCCGGAAUCUGGAUUACGAUUUUGGACAUAUUUUACGCAACUUGACCGUGGAUGUGCAAUUCAUAAAGAACGGGCAGAUCGCGUACACAGGAACCACCUUUGUUGGCUAUGUCGGAUUGUGGACCGGUCAAAGUCCACACAGGUUUACGAUUUCUGGCAAUGAACGAGAUAAGGGCUGGCUGUGGGAGAACGUGAUCGCGGCCCUCUUUCAGAAGCACUCUCUGGUCAGCUGGCUUAUCCGCUCUACCCUGAGUGAGUCGGAAACCUUUGAAGCGGCGGUUUUCAAUUUGGCCAGCACUCCCCUUAUUGCUAAUGUUUAUUACAUCGUUGGUGGCAUGUCCCCCCGGGAGGGUGUGGUCAUCACGAGGAACAGAAAAGGCCCAGAGGACAUUUGGCCACUAGAGCCUUUGAAAGGAUUGUGGUUCCUAGUGGAGACAAACUAUGACCACUGGAAGCGCGUGCCUAAGGAAGAUGACCGCAGACUACCUGCCAUCAAAGCCCUUAAUGCCACCGGCCAGGCGGACCUCAGUCUGGAGACACUGUUCCAGAUUUUGUCAAUAGAGCCGAUUAUAAACAACAACACAGUGUAUACUACAGUCAUGAGUGCCGCCUACCCAGACAAGUACAUGACGAAGAUCAGAUUCAGGAAAUCUGACUAACCUUGGAAAAAUGCUGUCGGAAGAUGAAGUGGGCUUUUCCCUGAAUCGCCUCUAGAGAAUGGUGGGCAGCCAUGGAAGAAGCUUCAGGUCUUUGAAGGAUUGUUCAGCCCGGUUUCUCUUUAGAUGAAUGCCAACCAGCCGCUUUGCUGAUGCUUGGUACGAGCUAAGCUGUGCUGGAGAAGACAUUAUUGCUCACAGUUAGGUUGCAGGCUACCUGCGUGGUCUCUUCACACAUUCCUGCUAUUCACAUCUGCUGUCCUGGAAGACUGGUGGCCAGAAUUCUCCCUAGAAGCAAGGAUGGUGAAACUCCUCACUCCCUUUUUACUGAUCAGGAGGGACUAGUCCCCAGAGAAGGACAUCUCGCUUGAUGAAGCCGAGGGCCAGAGAUAAAGACAAGGACCCUCGCUGCGAUAGAUUGAGACAGGGUCUGCCCUGAAUGGCUCCAACAGCAGCACUCCCGUCUUCUCCCACAGAAGAAAGAAAUGAAGGGAUGUGAGACGUUGUUGGGUGCCAUCGAGUCAGCUGUGACCCAUAGCCGCCCUCCACCCGGUCCUGCAGCAUCCUCACCGUUGUUCCGAUGCCUGAGCCCAUGGUUCGAGCCCCUGUGGCGAUCCAGCUCGUUGAGAGCCCUUCACUUUUUCCCUGCCCCUCCACUUUCCCAAGCCUGAUGUCCUCCCCAGGGCCUGGCCUCUCCUGACAACGGGUCCGGAGUAUCUAAGGAGUCUUGCCACCUUGCCUUUCAGGAGCAUCUGGCCUUACUUCUAGCAAGACAGACUUGUUUGUCCUUUCAGCAGAACAUGGGACUUUCAAUAUUCUUCAACCUGACUCAACAGCACUGAAGAAGAAGAACAAUGACAUUCCCAUCCUCUGCCACAGAAAAAAUAAAAUAAGGGUUACGAUAUAACCGUGAAAAAAUAAAGUUUACAAGUUCCUUUCCUA